CAUCCAAUGAUAUCGGACCAGAAAUGAUGCUGCUCGCACUUUCGGUAAAGAUAGAAAGAAGGAAAGAUCGUGCACGCACUGAAAAGCUAGGUCAAGGUUUUGAGAAAGAGCAUACGCUUUAAAUAGACCCACAGAACCCACGGGACGCCUCGCAAAUGCACGGAUCAGCAUACCUGUACAGUUUUUCUGCACGCUGUUUUUUAAGGGAUUAACUUUAUGAGCUGCAGCGGAUAUAAUGAUGCAGGAAGCCCCACUGCCGCUGCUGUUCACGCUGAAAACAAUGCAAAGGCAGUGACAGUCAAGCUCGAGCUCUGCUGUGUUUUAACCAGUCCUGUCACUUCCUCUUUGACGUGUGUGCAUGUUGUGGACUGUCAGCCGUACGCGCUUUUUUAAAAGCACAGGACUUUAUUUUUUGACUGCAUGGAGGACACUGUCGGCCUGCUUUGCUGUUUUAUUUAGUCGGCUCAACCUGGAGCCAGCGGCUCGCUUACAGACAGCGCGGGGAAAUAGCGUUGCAGCGACCGGCAGACACCUCGACCUGCGGCGGGGAUGUGUGUGAGCUAAAGCCGCCGGAUAUCGAUGGCCGCGUCGCUCUGAUAAGAGCCGCUUUGAGCUAAAGGUCUGAGAAAUGAGCUUGGCUCCUUCUCUCUGAUGCACUCGAGCUAAGGGCCGUCCUGGAGGAUUUGCCCCUGACCCAGCGGAGCGUUUCCAGCCCCAGCCCCGCUCCAAGGCCAACAUGCUGAUCAAAGAGUACCGCAUCCCCAUGCCCAUGAGUGUGGAGGAGUACCGCAUCGCUCAACUCUACAUGAUUCAGAAAAAGAGUCGUGAAGAGAGUGAAGGCGAGGGCAGUGGGGUGGAGAUCCUGGAGAACCGACCCUACAGGGAUGGCCCAGGCGGCUCUGGUCAAUACACCCAUAAGGUUUACCACAUCGGCCAACACAUCCCUAGCUGGUUCCGCUCCAUCUUGCCAAAAGCUGCUCUUCGUGUGGAAGAGGAAUCCUGGAACGCCUACCCAUACACCCGCACACGCUACACGUGUCCUUUCGUCGAAAAGUUUUCCAUCGAUAUCGAGACGUACUACAAGCCGGACACGGGUUGCCAGAAUGACGUCUUCAACAUGUCCUCGGCCGAAAAGAGGCAACGGGAUAUAGAUCCCAUCGAUAUUGUGAAUGAAUUCAUCGCCCCUCAUGAGUACCUGGCUGAGGAAGACCCCAAACUCUACAAGUCAUAUAAAACCCAGCGGGGCCCCCUGUCUGACGACUGGAUCGUGGAAAUCAACAACAACCCAGGCAAAAUGCCCGUCAUGUGCGCUUACAAGUUGUGUAAAGUGGAGUUUCGAUACUGGGGCAUGCAGUCCAAGAUUGAGCGCUUCAUUCACGAUGUGGGGCUGAGGAAGGUGAUGGUACGCGCUCAUCGGCAGGCCUGGUGUUGGCAGGACGAGUGGUACGGUCUGACCAUGGAGGAUAUCCGGCAGCUGGAGCUGGAGACACAGCUGGCUCUGGCACAGAAGAUGGCACAGUACAGCUGCAACGAGGAGGGCGGCGAGAACACCGGCGCCGUCACCAGCCCCGAGAAAGAGAACGAAGCCAAGGAGGCCAUCAGCUCCAUCGAAGCCGAGGGCACGACGAGGACCAUGGGGGACACACUGCAGGCACGAGGAGAGCUGACCAAGCAGUGGUCCACCUCUUCCAGGUCCUCGCAUUCCUCGAAGAGAGGGGGAAGUCCUUCACGUCACAGCAUUUCUGAAUGGCGCAUGCAGAGCAUCGCCAGAGAUUCAGAGGACAGCACAGACGACGAGUUCUUUGACGCUCAUGAGGACUUCUCUGACAACGAGGAGAUCUUUGCCAAGGAGAUCACCAAAUGGAGCUCCAACGAUCUGAUGGAUAAAAUCGAGACAGCGGAGGCAGAGGAAGCCCAGGGUGACUAUCAAGAAUCGGGUGGGGAGUUUUCUGGGACCGCCAGCGUGGAUCGGCUCAAUGAGAGACGCAGGGCCAUGCGGCGCUCCAGCGUCUGUAAGCAUCGACGUACAGCACGCAAAUACCCAGCUGACUGUUCCUCACAGCAGUGCUUACAGCCGUCCAAGAUCCACGUCCUCAUCCUGGUCCUGCACGGCGGCAACAUCCUGGAUACGGGCAGCGGAGACCAGAACAGCAAGCAGGGGGACGUCAACACCAUCAGCAGUGCGUUUGAUGCUGUGAUGCGGGUUCAUUACCCCGCUGCAUUGGGCCGCAUCGCCAUCCGCCCAGUUCCGUGUCCGGCCGUGUGUGUGGAGGCCUUCUCUCUGGUGUCAAAUUUGAGUCCCUAUAGCUAUGACGAAGGCUGCCUCUCCAACAGUCAGGAUCACAUCCCUCUGGCUGCCCUGCCCCUAUUGGCCACCUCUGCACCACAGUACCAGGACGCCGUGGCAACGGUCAUAGUGCGAGCCAAUCAGGUCUACGGUGACUUCAUCAAAUCCCUGGAGGGAGCCACUUUCACCGGACAGGUGUGUCUGAUUGGUGACUGUGUGGGAGGCAUUCUGGGAUUUGAUGCUCUCUGCAGCAGCAACGUCACCACUGUGUCAGAUAGUCAAAACAGCAGCCGACGUGGCAGCAUUGUCAGUGUGCAGGACAAUGACCUGCUGUCACCAGGGAUCAUUAUAAACAGCUCUCACUGCUUGGGCUCGGGUUUGACUCUGGAGGGCAGUCGGCACCUCAGCCGCAGUAAUAUAGACAUUCCUCGUUCCAGCGGUCCGGACGACCCCAAAAAACAGAUGCCCCGCAAACGCAGCGACUCCUCCACCUACGAGCUCGACACCAUCAAACAGCACCAGGCCUUCCUGACCAGUCUGCACUCCAGCGUUUUGAGGAACGAUCCGGGUUCGCGCCGGUCCAGCAGCAGUACCAUGCUGGAGGGAGGAGGCGCACUGGGAAAGUUCGACUUCGAAGUGUCUGACUUCUUCCUCUUCGGAUCUCCACUCGGCCUGGUCCUCGCUCUGAGGAAAACCGUCGUCCCUUCUUUGGACGUGGCUCAUCUUCGUCCGGCGUGCCAGCAGGUUUACAACCUGUUCCACCCGGCGGAUCCCUCCGCCUCACGUCUGGAGCCCCUGCUGGAGAAGCGCUUCCACCUGAUGCCACCAUUUAGUGUGCCACGAUACCAGCGCUUCCCGCUGGGUGAUGGCCAGUCAGCACUGCUGGUGGAAACCAUCCAGAGUAACCCUCACCUCCUGUUGGAGAGCGUGAGCUGUGCUGCCCAGCGCUGUCAGGAUGGCAUCAGCGAGACUUCCAUUCCCGUCCCUGUGCUCAACUGGCAAGCCAUGCCGGCCCCCGCCGAGUCGGAUGCGAUGCAGUCUCACAGCAUCAUGUUUGCGGAUCACUCCAAUCCUUCGUCUCCGGCAUCUGUUCCAGCCUUCCGCGGGGCACGCAGGGUCAGCGAGACCAGCAUCGCCAGCCAGGUGUCGGGGUUAGUGGACAGUUACACCGCCUCCAACAUCGCCAACAUAGCGCAAGCAUGCCAACUUAGUCUCUCCAAAAAGCUCAGUCUUUUGUCCCAAUUGGCCCUUCCCUAUAAUAAAAGCAGCUCCCGAAGCCCCUCCCCCAAAUCCAGCAAAGCGCAAAAUAAGCAGCAGGUAGAAAGGCAGGAUUCCAGCUGUUUGGAUGAUUCAGAGCAGAGCGUCUCUCUAGGCUUUGAGCCCUCACCCUCGCUCGCCUCAGAACCGCCAUCUCCAUGUGUCCCGCUGGACAUCGAGCAAGUCGCUGCUCGCUGGUGGGGCACGAAGCGCAUUGAUUUCGCUCUGUAUUGUCCUGAUGCUCUGACUGCGUUCCCCACCGUGGCUCUACCUCACCUGUUUCACGCCUCCUACUGGGAAUCAACGGACGCUGUGUCUUUCCUGCUCCGACAGGUAAUGAGGCAUGAGAACUCCAGUAUUUUGGAACUCGAUGGAAAGGAGGUGUCAGAAUUCACUCCGUCCAAACCGCGGGAGAAGUGGAUAAGGAAGAGGACUCACGUGAAGAUCAGGAACGUUACGGCAAACCACCGUGUGAACGAUGCUGUGUUUACGGAGGACGGCAAUCAGGUGGUCACGGGUCGCUUCAUGUACGGGCCGCUGGACAUGGUCACACUGACAGGAGAGAAGGUGGACAUCCACAUCAUGACCCAGCCUCCGUCCGGUGAGUGGGUGUAUUUCAGCACAGAACUGACCAAUAGCAGUGGCCGGGUUUUCUACACCAUUCCCGAGAACAGGCGGCUGAGCAUCGGCGUGUAUCCGGUCAAAAUGGUGGUCAGGGGAGACCACACAUCUGCUGACAGUUACCUGACGGUGCUGCCGCGCGGCACUGAGUUUGUCGUGUUCAGCAUCGACGGCUCGUUUGCCGCCAGCGUGUCCAUCAUGGGCAGCGACCCUAAAGUGCGAGCAGGAGCGGUUGAUGUGGUCAGGCACUGGCAGGAUCUGGGGUACCUGAUAGUGUACGUGACGGGACGUCCAGACAUGCAGAAGCAGCGUGUGGUGGCCUGGCUUUCACAGCACAACUUCCCUCACGGGAUCGUGUCCUUCUGUGACGGGCUCGUACAUGACCCCCUCCGACACAAAGCCAACUUCCUCAAGUCUCUCAUCACAGAGGCACAUAUGAAGAUCUUUGCUGCUUAUGGCUCCACUAAGGACAUCUCUGUGUACACGUCACUGGGUCUGCCGCCAUCACAGAUCUACAUCGUAGGGAGACCAACGAAGAAAAUGCAGCACCAGUGUCAGUUCAUCGCCGAUGGCUACGCGUCUCACCUGUCCCAGCUAGAAUACAAUCAGAGAUCGAGGCCAGCCAAGACCGGCAGCACUCGCAUGGUCCUGCGGAAAGGCAGUUUCGGGCUUGGCGGCAGUGGGGAUUUCCUGCGGAAGCGCAAUCACCUGUUGCGCACCAUUUCCUCGCAACCCACGUCCUCCACGCCGCCCGUGCAGAUAGGACGUCCUGAACGUGCACAGAGCCAAUCAGAAUGCGACCGCGAGCGGGCAGAACGUGCCCAGAGGAGCAUGAGCAUCGCCGCCGGCUGCUGGGGCCGAACCAGCAGACUCGAGGGCGGAGCCUUGAGCCCAAAAUAGGCUCCACCCACCAGGUCCAAAUUCUUGAGGCACUUUGUUCUGGAGGCACAUGGGGCUGCAGGAUCGGACACGACGAAGUCUCACAGUAUUACAACAGACUCUGUGAGCGAACCUCACGGCAUUACUAUUGUUGCAUGGGAAUUGUUUUCGUUCAUGUUUCAGUUUUUUUUUUUUUGUCUGGCAGCCAAACAUUUUCCAGAAAUCUAGCGCCUUAAGCAUCGCUCUGGGUCGUGGCCCUCGCCUCUGACUUGACUGAAUGUACUUUUGGGACUGAAAAACGGAUCGUUGGGUGGGUAUGGACUUUUCCCACUUUUCCCAUCAUUCCCCUUCCGAGAUUCCCACACAUGUAAAUACGUGCCUCCUCUUACCUGCUCAGGGCAGCCAUGAACUCGAGGAGCUGAUAAGACCCAGAGGCCAUUUCACAUCCCUCUUCUCAUUGGUUUCCGUUGGGCCAGCCCAUCCCGGCAGCCUCUCCAAGUCGAAUCCCAGCAGCAUUUGGCAAUAAGGAUUGAAUCCCAUCACACCAAACUCCGUCUACAGGUCAUCAGAGGCCUUAACUUCGUAUUCAGAGCACCAACGAACUCUCAAAGGAACAGCUAUCCCUUUAUAAGGCCAUCUGCUUGCAAUACCUCCGGGAUGCCACCUCGACAUGGGCUGCUGGGUCACGUUUCUUUCCUUCUUGCUGUUUUGUUCACUUCUGAGCCACCAAACACGAUCGUAAGCACACGCCACAUCUGCUGAAGUAAAACUUUUCCGCUGCUGCGGUUGCUGUCGUCAUGGAGAGAAUUUCCCAUCGAGGUCGCGCCGUGCAGCUCGCUGUAUUUGCAUGACGGACAAUUUUUCCAAGAUUUCGCUUGAUCAUUUCCUCUCGAAAUCCUUUGCACUCAUUUCCGAGGGAGCGGUUCGACUCGCUCGAUUCCGCCGACGGCCAAAACGAUUCAUUUAGAAAGCUGUAGUUCUGCAACUGCAUAACCUCGUUGUUUUUUUUGCACUAGUGAAAUAGUG